AUUUCCUUAUUAAUUCUCAGGAUCAACACUGCUACUUCCACAACUCUCAUGGCCUCUAGAAAUGAGUCAUCUGAUACUCUAAGGAACAAGUGUGCAGCUUGCUUCAGACAAUUCAACAAAAUGGAACACCUAGUGGAGCACAUGAGAAUCUCCUAUCACUCAGUUCAUGAACCCAUUUGUGGAAUCUGUAAGAAACACUGCAGAUCCUUUGAAUCCUUGAGGGAACAUCUUAUAGGUCCACUGCCUAAGCAAGAAUGCAAAAUUAUUUUCGAUGUCGUAGGAUGCAAAUUUUGCUUGACCAUCCUUGAUAGCUACAAUUCUCGCAUGAUUCAUCAAGGAAGAUGCCAACUUUCAAAUGUUAAUGCUGGACUGAUUGCUCGCAUGCCUAACUUAGGCCUGCGAGACAACUUGACAAUUGACAGUGGCUACACAAGAGGUCCUCAAGUAGUUGCUCUUGCCUGCAAAAUGGUAGGAGGCGGCAAUGAUGGCUCUGUAGACCUUUGUGGAAGGAUUUGCCUUAUUGAUGAGAACGAAAAUAUAAUCUUCCACACUUAUGUAAAACCACCAGUUCCUGUUGCCAAUUUCAGGUAUGAAAGUAGUGGCAUUCGGCCUGAGUACUUAAGGGAUGCAAUGCCACUGAGGUUGGUUCAAUCCAAGGUUCAGAACUUCCUUUGCAAUGGAGAACCCUUGUGGAAAGUUCGACCCAGAGGAGGAAAAGCAAGGAUUCUUGUGGGUCAUUGUUUGGACCAUGACCUUGACCUUUUACAACUAGAAUAUCCAGCUAUGAUGAUCAGGGAUACAGCAAAAUAUCCUCCAUUGAUGAAAACAAGCAAGCUCAGCAACUCACUCAAGUACCUAACACAGGCCUAUCUUGGGUAUGAUAUUCAAACUGGCAUUCAAGACCCUUAUGAGGAUUGUGUUGCAAUAAUGAGGCUUUACAUGAGAAUGAGAUCCCAAAAGCAUGCACCAGAAGAUUACCCACUUGCUUCAGAUCCACAAAAUCGAAACAAUUUUGCUUCAUGGAGGCAAGCUGAGCUUGAGAGGAUGAGCCCAGAAGAAAUGCUUGCAAUAUCAAGGUCUGAUUACUAUUGUUGGUGCUUGGACUCCUAGAGGAAAUGGAUGUUAAUCCUAAACAAUGGAGCUAAAAUCCUUCAACACAUAUAUGAUAUAUAUCAGUCCAAUGGUGGAAAGAAUUACCAUAAUUAUCCAAUAUUUAUUACAGCUAGGAAAAUAAUUAAUAAAUUGGAAAUAUAUUAUAUGCAUAUUUCCAUGAGCUACUUAAUUAAUUAUUCUGUAGUAAUCCAUGCAGCUGAGUUUAUGUGCUAAUGUAUAUGUUUAUAUAAAAGCUCUU